AUGGCGGGUCCGGGACAGGUGCCAGAGUGGGGGCAGCGCCCGGCAGGGCAGGCCCCGGGCCCCGCCGCCCCCGCGUCCCCCUUCCAGCGGCUGGUGCAGGCCCGGCGCCUGCAGGACCUCAGCGGCGACGGAGGGGUGCUCAAGGAGGUGCUGCGCCCCGGCGCUGGGGAGCCCGUGGCCCCGGACGCCUCUGUGGCAGUGAAGUACUCUGGGUACCUGGAAUACGCAGAUGAGCCCUUCUGCACGAACUGCUACAGGAAGCUUCCUCGACUGAUGAAACUUGGAAAAGACAUUACGCUAGGGGGGCUGGAAAUUGGCCUGCUCACCAUGAAGAAGGGAGAACUGGCAAGAUUUGUCUUCACACCGGAUUAUGCCUAUGGGAAACUAGGCUGUCCUCCUCUGAUUCCCCUGAAUGCCACAGUCUUGUUCGAAGUGGAGUUGCUGGACUUCCUAGACUCGGCUGAAUCUGACAGAUUCUUUGCUUUGACUGCUGAGCAGCAGGGUGUGUUUCCGCUACAAAAGGUGUUGAAAGUGGCAGACACAGAAAGAGAGUUUGGCAAUUACCUCUACCGUCAGCAGUGCUUCAUGGAUGCCAAAGACAGAUACAAACGGGCAUGCUCCAUCCUAGGUCGCAGCCCUUCCACUGAGGCAGAGCAGCGUCAGAUUGAUGCUUCUAAAUUGCUGGUGCUCCUCAAUCUCUCGCUUACUUACCUGAAACUGGAGCGUCCUGCCCGAGCUCUGACAUACGGAGAAAAGGCUUUGGAGAUCGACCAAAGAAAUGCCAAAGCGCUAUUCAGGUGUGGCCAGGCUUGUCUCUGCAUGACAGAAUAUGAAAAAGCCCGGGAUUUCCUGGUCAGAGCUCAGCAUAUACAGCCGUUUAACCACGAUAUUAACAAUGAGCUGAAAAAGUUGGCAAGCUGUUACAAGGACUAUGUGGAUAAGGAGAAAGAAAUGUGCUGCCGAAUGUUCGCCCCUCUCAACUGUUCUCCUCUAUGACCAGAAAUAAAGGACGUCCCCAGCCUGUGAUAAGAACAGUUCUUAGACAGAAAGGAGGUCUACCUCUGGGCAUGCAGAGAACUCAAGAUAGUAUCUAUGUUCCAGAAGAAGGAGGAAAGCACACUGUCUUGUUUGGAGAGUGUGAAGUGGAGGUUCUGUUCAUCUAAACACAAGCCAUUUUUCUAGAAGCGGGUUCUUGUUUUCCAGUUCUGAGGCUCAGUUUUCAGAAAAACAAAGUUCUACUGUGUGAAAGAAGAAAAUGUCCUCUUCUCUCUGUCACACUCUGAAGAAAAUUUUUCCUGACAUCCUACCUCUUCCAGGUUCUGGGCUGCUUUUGGGGAAUCUGUGAAUAGAAGUAGGAUGCCAUGAAGUCUUGUGUUGUUUAUACAGAUUGUUCUUUAAAAAUUAGGUUUAAUAUUAGUUCUUGUUCUGAGAAAAUAAACCAAUCUGAGAGCUAAUGCUAGCAGGACUUGUGCCAAUUUAUUGUGCAAGAGUGAUGAAUGUCUCUUUCAGUGUAAGGAACUGGAAUUUGGAAACAGGGUCCAGUUUGUUAGUAUAGCUAGCUCCCUUCUAAGGCAACACAGUGUGUUUUGCUCUUUGUUUUGGCUGAACAUUCCUGUGCAUGUUGAUGCUAAAUUUCAAAUUACUUAAGUAACACCAGCUUUUUUCUAUUCAAGUAUCACUGACCUUUCUAGCUUUGCUCAGGUUGGUUUCCUUCUGGAGCAAAAUCCACCGUAUCCUCCCUGCACGUCUCUGAACGCAGGCCUUUGUGGUGUGACUGAGUUAAUAAGUGCAAAACCAAACACCUCUUAGUGAACCCGUGGCAGGCAAGCACAGAACUACCAAGAAACCACUUAAAUUCCAUGGAGGAGGAACCUGGUAACAUGAAACGAUGUUUUCAUGGUAUUUGUCCCAUCCAUGUUUGGCUAGGAUGGAUAAGGUCUUCAAAACAUAAUUCAGUGCCUUGUUGUCGACUUGCAGGGCAUGGAGGGUUGCCCGUGGUAAAUGUGUGUUCCAAGACGGCCACUUGCCAAGAAAGAAAAGCAUUCUUGUUUUCCCCAGUUCUGCCAGCAUCUUUAUGGCUUUUGCAUUCCAUACCACCAGACUUUGACAGUAUCUUAAAAUAAAAUGCCCUCUCUGUAAGAUGUCCUGAAAAGAGAAAAGUGGAGGAAAGCUUUGGGUUGGCAGCACCUUCUAAGCACACUUCUGGACCCUUCUGCUUGUCUAUUUAUGCUGGUCCUCUGCCUCUGGAGAAAGGACAUUCUGGCAGCUUAGAAAAAGAAGGUCAAAUCCUGCUGGGCUGCUUAGUUUGAAGAACGAACAGAUACAAAGGGAACGUGGAGUUUGGGUCGUUUGUCAUCUUUUCCCUAAGAACAAUCAGACUAUUUUUUCCUAGAUCUGCUUUUCCCAAAAGAUUCCAAGAGUAUAAAUCUGGUGACCAGAAAGGAAGAAAUGCGGCUGUAUUAUACUAAUUUUCUUAAAUUAUACACUGAAGUGCUUUAUCUUGCUUCCGGAGUCUUGAUGAAUAGUGUGCAGUGAUAGUAUUCAACUGAAAUGCAAAUAUUGCAUGUAAGGUAGUCGGCAAGACUUUUAACUUGAGUUGAGCAGGCAACUCAAAGCACAGGCUUCGAUUUAAAGAUUACAAGCCUGUGCUCUUGUUUUGUUAAAUGUGGCCAAUUUGUUGUGUUUGGAUUUCCAUGGCUAUUGUGGCCAGGGGCUUCCCAGCUGUUCUUCUGUCACACGAACUAUGCAGGCGGCCUUAUCUCCAGCGCUUUUUUUCUUUUUCUUUUCCAGGACAGUAUUAAAAUCUUAUCCCCAUCAAUCUCCAUUUGGUUGGCAAUGAAGUGGAUGACUUGCUGAUUCCUUUUUGCUGGCUAGACACUAGAUGGCAAUGCAUCCCUCGUAAUACUUUGUCAAAGGCAAGCAGUUCAAGGGUUCGUUUCUGAGGGGCUUUGUAUCUGGAUAUUGGUCUUUUUUGUACAAAUUGUUCCAAUAACUUCCUUUGAUCAGAAGCUGAUGCCAGUUCCACACAAGGAACAGAGAGCUUAGUGUUUCAUGACUGUUAGAAUAAGCCAUGAGGCCUAGAGACAUAAAUGUGGUAGAGUUUUCUAGUACAGGAUGGCUGUGCCUUCUUGAGAGCUUCCUUAGCCUUUUACAGAUCUGACAUGUUUUGGCAUUUGUCUGAUAGCCUUUGGCUGCUGGUGUUAAGUGAGCACAGGUGGGUGCAUUUGAAAGUGGAAACUUGUACCUGCAUAAAUAGCUGACACUGCAAAGGCAGAACCUGCAGCUUUCCAAACUUGAGUGGAGAAAACUCCUCGUGGAAGGCAUCAGUCCAGCAACAUCUUAAGUGCUCUGCACUUUGUGCUUGGGUGCUGGUGAGAUGGCUCUCUGCGUAAUGCUGAGGAGUUUUGUAAGUCUUGGCGAGAUCUCCACUCCUCCUGUCAGCUGCCUGCUGCACACUGCAGGGCUUCCAGUAAUGGCAAUUAUUCUUCCCCGAGGAUGUCUCCCAGCCCGGCCUGUAACUUGCGUUUGACCUAGAGUCUAUCCCUAGGUUGAUGGCUAGUUUGCUGAUACAUUAAGGACUUCUCACUGUUAACUAGAGCUGACCAAAGUGUGAUUUUCAAUUUUUCUCUUAUAUAAUAAAUAACUGCCAAUAGUUACUACUACAUUCUUUUUUUUAAGAAAUACAAACUUUCAGCCUCUAGGCAAUAACAAAAAUAUUACUGGAUCUUUAAUGAGCAUUAAAACAGAAAUGCAACUCUGAGAAAAACUGAAAAUUUUUGCAGAGAAUCUCAAAUUGUAAUUGUUAAUCAGUAAACUUUGACCUUUAAGUUUACUAUUAGGAUUUUUUGACCAAAGUGCCUUUUUUCCCCCCUUCUCUCUUCAAAAUAGUUUUACAAACAUCUUUGGAGUGUUCCAGGGAGAAACUGUUGCAAAGGCUUGUUACCUUUUACAGUUCAAAAGUGGUCUCGUAUUUCCAGUUUGGGUUUAUCUAAUGUCAACUUUCAGCUUCUGAACCUUGCUAGCAUUCGCUAAAUUAAAAUACUAUCUAACAUCA